AUGGCUAACAACAACAACAUCCCAAACUCCGAUCCCUUCCUCCUGGAACAUCUGAUCGAAGAUUCCACCCGCAAGGUGACGAAUCGUCGUCGGCAAGAAGAACCACAACAUGCUCUUGCCGGACAGAGAAGGUUGAGACAUGAGACCUCGCAACCUAGGAGGCAGCGGAUCCAGAACAUCCAGCAGCUGCAGGGCCUCCAACAGGUUCAAAAUGUCGAACAAAACCCUCCCGAGGGACACGUUCAGAACGGGGAAGACGAGCAGGCCCGAACCCACAAUGGGCCUGAACAUCCCCAAAAUGAGAAUGAGACUGACGCCAGAGACGGGCACGCUGCUUCCUCAUUCACCCACACCUCCGACAGGCAGAGAGCCCGUCAUGAAGAAGAGGAGGAACCGCUCAACAUCCCCGAGGAUACUGACCCCAUCACUGUCCGCCUGCUCAAAGAACUGCAAAAGACGAACAGCCUCCUCCGACUUCAGGACGACCGUAUCCACGAGCUGGAAAGGAAGCGACGGCACCGCUCCCCUCCGCGGAGACAUUACCGGUCGCGCUCCUAUUCCUCCUCGCGCUCACCUCCGAGGAGACACCGUCGGCGUUCCCCAUCUUCUUCACGCUCUCCACCUAGAAGACAUCGCCGCCGGAGAUCAUAUUCCCGCUCUCCACCAAGAAAGAGCAGGAAGAAUCAGAGACCAGAGGCCACUGAAGCAAGAAGCCUCUCCCCCGAGCAGGGUCAUCGGGGCCCUUCCAAGGCUGUGCUGAAACCCCGCGAGUGUCCUUCUCCUCGGGACAAUCGCGUCAGCCCCAACAAAGACCAGGGAAGACCCCGGCGAGGCAGACAUUCAACUUCACCAAGACCGAGCGACGAAGAGGACUUCUGCAGCCCUUUGUCCGAGAACAUCCGAAGAGCCCGCCUCCCUCGAGGGAUGGAAAAACCCCCGGCUGACUUUAAGAAGGCCAUCAAGAUUGAGAAGGUCCACUCCAUGAACACCCUCCUUCGCAAAGCUCAAGCUUUCAUCGCGUUCGAGGAAGGAGAGGCUGCUGCCAUCAAAGCCUCGCGAGGCAGUGACGCCGCUCGCAGUUCAAACUAUGAGCACCCAGGCUCGAAGCGAGGGCAUGAAAAAAGGAAAGACGACAGAUCUCUCGACAUCAAAGAGCGCCGAGGACCAUCUGGUCGCUUCAACGACUACACCCCUCUGAACACCUCCCGGGAGAGGAUCCUGGCCGAAUGCCAAAACACCGACUUCAAGAAAUCAAACAUCAGGCUCCCAAAGUCGAACCCCGCAAGGCCAGGAACCGACAAAUCAAAGUACUGCAAAUACCAUAAAAGUCACGGCCAUCUGACCGAGGAAUGCAUCCAUCUCAAAGAUGCCAUCGAAACACUGAUCAAGGAGGGUCGCCUUUCGAGAUACACAAAGAAAGGGGAACCUUCCCGAAGGGACGACCACAGAAACUCUGACGAAGGGAAUUCGCCGGAUAACAGGCCCCUACAAGUAGCACUGUCCGUCACUCGCCCAGAGGAUUUCAUGCCAUCAGUCAGGAUCCUUACCGCACUCAGCAAAUGGGAAAAUUUCCCAUUCACCAUGGUCGUCUCCAACAGCGGGGAUCCAGGCUCCCUCACCAUCAGUUCAGUCAAGAGAAAGUUCGAUGAGUUGCUCAGCGCUAACGCGGACCUCGGCCCUACGCUGCGGAAGUUCCGGGGAAAGUCAGAACCAAUCACUUUCUACCUGGAAGAACUGCCCGGCGGAGCUCCAAACGCCACAAUUCCCCUGCUCGUCCGAGCUAGAAUGGCGAAUUUCGACGUCCGACGGGACGAGUGGCCACCAUCAACGCCGAUAUCGAAGCUGCCAGGAGAAUCUUCGACGCCUCCGUCAAGGGACUAG